GAAAUUGGAAAUAAUGUAAAUUCGUUAGAAAAUAAUGUAAUAUUUAUUCUAAAUCGUACGCGUAUAAUGUCAUAACUGGUAAAAAGGUGUGAUGGAAAAUCAUUCCGUUCGUAUUAAUUACGCGCAAAGUGUUCCUCGCGACGCGGAAGAGUUGUCAAUGGUACACGAAAGUCGCGGGAAACAAUACAUCGAACAUGUUAAAAAACGCGAGGAAAUAGUUAUAUUGGCAAACGACGCGAAGGGUGGAUUAUUUAAUCCAAGGGCGUUAUUAUUCCUAACGCUAUGGUAUGUCUUCAGUGGGUGUACAUUAUUUUUAAACAAAUACAUAUUAUCGUACAUGGAAGGCAACCCAACUAUUUUGGGUGCCUGUCAAAUGUUAAUGACAGCAAUUUGUGGAUUUAUACAAAUGUAUUUUCCCUGCGGUAUGUAUAAGGCUAGCUCGCGCCUGAUGCGACCGCCUGGUUUCUAUAAACACAUGAUAUUGGUUGGAUGUACAAGGUUUACAACUGUAGUUUUAGGAUUAGUAUCGCUCAAUUACGUGGCGGUAAGCUUUACUGAAACUAUUAAAAGUAGCGCACCACUUUUUACCGUCCUUAUUAGCAGAUAUUUAUUAGGAGAACACACUGGGUUAUAUGUAAAUUUAUCUUUAAUCCCUGUAAUGGGUGGUCUAGCUUUGUGCUCGGUAAACGAAAUUAGUUUUGAUUUACGAGGAUUUAUCGCCGCUAUGGCCACAAACAUGACCGAGUGUCUUCAAAAUGUUUAUUCGAAAAUGUUGAUUAGCGGAGACAAUUUCAAAUAUACGCCAGCAGAAUUACAAUUUUAUACGAGUUUAGCAUCAAUCGUGGUACAAAUACCAGUGUCAAUUUUAUUAGUAGAUUUGCCAGCACUCGAGCAUUCCCUAAGUUUUAAAAUAUUUGCGGCAUUUCUUCUAAAUGGCGUCUUCUUCCAUUUUCAAAGUAUUACGGCAUACGUACUUAUGGAUUACAUCAGCCCUGUAACGCAUAGCGUUGCCAAUACAGCAAAAAGAGCUUUUUUAAUUUGGCUCUCAGUUUUAUUAUUCAAUAAUUCAGUAACCGGUUUAUCGGCCCUUGGAACUUGUGCUGUAAUAGCUGGUGUACUAUUAUACAAUCAAGCACAAGAAUAUGAUAGGAUUAAAACUGCUAAAUUACGGCAUACUUCGAAAAUUAAUUUACAGUAAUAACAUUUUAAAAUCAAUAAAGAUUUAUAUAAAUAUUAAUACCAU